ACUCUGUGGACGGAAUAGAAUAUGUCGAGUGGCCGGUAUGAGCUUCCUAAGUAUCGUAUCUGGACCUAUGAUGACUUUGAAUUCCCACCGUUCUCAUAUAUAAUGUCCGCGCUCGGGAUAAGUACGCAUUCGCACUCCAGUACCAAAGGCUGACGGCGCGACAGUAUGUCUAACAUCCCCGCUACAGAAGUUCCACCGCUCUUGAGUGGUUUUUUCACGCAGAACUGUCUCACGGCGUCCAUCGUAGCCUUUCUCAUAUACGACUAUGUCCUUACGCUUGGCCUGGAACUGGAGCUCUUUUGGUGCCGAAGGGGAGCUAUACUCUCCAGACUUUUAUUCUUCGUUCUUCGUCUAUCCAUCAUUGCAACUGCAAUCAUGAACGUGCUCAGCACCUUCGUUACGGAACUCGAAAUCAACGAAAGAUUGACCUUUGUGUCAUCGUUUAUUACGCGUGGGCGGCAUCUCAGCUCAUUGCAACUCUGGCUACGGCAGGGAAGUGUUACAGCUCUUUUGCCUCUUUUGGUUGCCUCGCGCGCUUGUAUCUCGGGUUCUCGUACCAGUUGAUCAACGUCAACUCAUCUGCGACCUGCAUGUUUUCACCAACCCUGUCUCCGGAUCAUAUCACAAUUUGUGAAUAGCCUAUCAGCCGGUGUAUCGUUGUCUGACUUCUGACGAUUUCUUCUGAUCAGUGAUACUAGCGACGCUGAUAUGUGGUACCCUUGCCGACGCUACUCUCAUCGCUGCGACAUGUGUGCGCACCGUUUAUAUUGUCAAGAUUCAAGCAUGCGAGCGG